AUGGCGCCUCUCGUGGAUGACGAAGGUCUAUUGACUCGCCUCGUCAACCACAUUUUCUUGCCGCCCCAGCUUCCGCAGCGAGAAGACGCCGCCGAUAUCGACCGCGAGCUUCUCCGCGUCACACAUCAAGCACUGCAGCACUUCGUUGACAGCUUGGCCGGGGGGCAUGUGCCUCCAUCAAUCCCGCAAGCUCUUCAGAUGCUCAAGUAUGCAGAGGGCUGCCACAGCUUCGUCGAUGGCACUCUCAGUGAAGCCGAGCUUGUAGAGGUUUUCGGCCGACUGAGACCUGGCCAACACCUUGCUCUCCGAGUCCGCGCACAAAAUGCUGGACUCCUGGUGUCUAAGUAUGCUGCUCACACCACAUUUGAAGCCUUCGAGCUUGCCCCAAUCAAUGGAGCUGUCGUCACCACCAACGGCAGGCUCACGCGGCGCUUCCCUGGCGUUGCCACCUCUAUCGAUGACUCGACAUACUUCCAGCCAGAAUUUCAAGCUACCGUCGCUCAAGCCUUGUCGACAAUGAGCAAGCAAGCAGCCGCGGAAAUGCAGCCUAUGAUCACAAAGGCAGGUAGCAAGCAUGAAGAAGAGCGUGACACGACCCAUCCUGGGCUUGUCUGCGAGCUCCUCGUUGGCGGCAUGCUCAAAGCUCUCGGCAACCAUCGACCACAUCUUGUCGUGGACACGAUUGUGAAGAACACUCGAGACGACGUGCUGUGGCAAGACGCUGAUCUCCCGUGGCGCCGGUCUCCCACCUGGAUGUUGAUCAGAGUGGCGCUAGAGCUGGUGUUUUCGCGGAGUCUCGGUGGUGCAAACGCAAUCUACAAGGCCUCCAUGGCUUUUCUCAUGGCAGAGCUCUUAGACGCUGCGGGCAACCUCGGUGUGAGCGUCGAUCUUCAGUAUGCCAUGAGCUGCAAAGUUUAUAGACGACUGCAGAAGCUUGGUCAGGAAGUUCCGACAAAUGUACAAAAGAGGCUCCACAGUGUGCUGAGCAGUUGCAACGCCACAAUCUCUCGCGCAUGGAAGAAUGUGCGUGAGGCCGAGCCCAACUCGUGCAAAGGCAUAUCAGCUCUUGCGAGCCUUCAAUUUGCCAAGGACACUGUCACUCUGCUGCCAGAACUGGAUCAAUAUAUUGAAGACCGGAAGAAUCGACGAACCCUGGACAGCAAAGUCGGUUUCAGCGCUGGAUCAGGCCUUUGUCACUUUACAGAAUACUCGUUUCCCAACCUUUCGAAGGCGAACGUUAAACAGUACCAGAUUGCCAACUUACAAGAGUUUGAGAAUUGGGCCUUCCUACAUCUCCGCAAAUGCUCCAACAUCUACGAUGCCGACAAGUACUGCUCAGAACUACAAAAAUUGGUUCGGGAUUAUCACGCAUCAGCGCGGAAGCAGUACGAACGUGAUAUCAGUGCUACGUCUGCUGCAGAUAGGCUUGGAAAUCCAGAAGGCAUGUCUGUUAUGCUUCUUACGAUUCUUGAGCUGUGGGUGUCGAUGGAUGAGAAAGCCCUUGACGAGUGCCCCUUGCUCCAGGAAUUCUAUCCCGGCAUUCCGGCGGAGCUAUUGCAAAACCUUCUGCUAUCGUCGAAGGAGCAGUUGACGCGUCUGCGUUCAGUCGAGACUUACCUUCAGAGCCGUCGAAAUCGCGCCCGCCAUUCUACAAGCAGUCUGUUUGGAAAUCCAAGAGAUUCUAGCAGCUUCGCAGUCCAAUGGUUUGACCGUUAUGGGGAGACUAGUGGGCUGCACAAAUUUCUCCACGGCAUUCAAGAGCAAGGGGAGAGAGGCAGAUCCCGCAAAUUGGAAGAGCUGGAAAUUCUACUUGAGCAAUACCGUGAGCUCAAGAAGCGCGCUCUACAGGCAGAGCACACUUUCACCGAGAUUGUUGAGGCCUCGAAUGCUUAUCCUCAUGUCAUGGUGACACGCAAGAUCGAUGACCCGAAACAAUGUCACAAGUGCAUCAUGGAGAGCAAGGCGGAAAAGAUGCGAAUGACUGCGCAUGAGUGGCCUCUGCCAAGCAACAAGAAUGAAUGCAAGUCGAUUGUGUUUGAACUGGGGGUGCCACCAUGGUAUUCAGCUUGGCGCGAUUGUACACUGUACGUCCUCCAGGACGUGCUCAAGUACAGGAAUACGUGCGAGUAUGGGCCCAAAAAACAAUUUCCAUUGGCUGAAGAUCCUCAUCUGGGAGCGAAAUACAGUGCGCCAGAGCACCAACGUGUCGUGCUCAUGACCAAGAACAAGCCACACGCGUUCACGCACCGCCAAAAUGUGUUCAUGUCAAAGGCUUCAGAGGCCUCGAUCUGCAAAGAUAACGCGACGAAAUACUUCUACCAGGACGAUACCACGAGCCUCUUCCUGGAUGGCUUUGCUGAAACGGAUGAAGCCGUGCAUGCCUGCACUUAUCGCUUCCCGGAUGGUUCGAAGCCUCUGGACGACUAUCUAUUCCGACCAGCUUGUCACGCAAACGGACCAGCACCGAACACAGUCAUCGCCAAACAGUCGGCAUGUCCUAAGCACAUGUCCGUGGAAGAAUAUAAGGAGCUAUGCGCAAUUCCCUCCGGCCAUGGCCUGCAUUGGUACAACAUGCUUUUGCAACUCGCAUCGCCUAACGUGGACUUCAGGAAAGAUGAGACCGUGCUCACCUUCUUUCAAUGCAUACUCCAGGUGGGGCCCUUCGGAGAUGCAUCAGCCGCCAGUGCCACGGACACACGGUCCUCCUAUGCCAUUCUGACCGAUCCUGGUUUUGCUAGACUUCUUCUCGACAACCUUGAGGAGGCAUUGGCGCGCGUAAAGGAGAACUGGGAGUCGAUGAAUGCGCUGUCAAUUUUCAGCGCCAUCACGUGCAGAUUGCUGACGCUCAACCGAACGCGCAAGAUCGAAGAGCGUUGUUUGAAGUUUUUGACUGAUGUUCGCAACGUGGCGUAUGGAUGGCUUCAGGUCCUCCGAGACAGAGCCCGGCGCAGCACAAUUCACGCCGACCAUGCGCAAUUCCUCAGCAAAGCUAUUGAUGUCGCUCUGGUCUGCGGCACUACUUUCGACGUAGACAAGGAUCAUCUUGCUAAGAUUCUCGCCACCAAGAGCGGAUCAUCAAUCUUGCUUCAAUGCUCUAUGGCAAUUGCGGAGCGUGAGCGUCGAACAAAGGGAGAGCUCCUGUCUCCGUUGUUGUCGUGGCGCUUCAAGAGGAUUCUACAUCGAGCGCUACCUCUUCUCUGCCGCACACACUCCGGCAUAGAUGAAGCUGUUGGCGAGGUCUGGUCUGCCUACCGCCCCGGAUUUGGUUGGAUAGCUGAUCCGAACAGCGAUCUGUGGCUCCAGACCGAAACAAUGUCGUCACGGCACUCAGCAGCAAUGGACGUACGUUACAAUCUCCUGAGUGGCGAGCUGCUGGUGGACGGAAUGCGAUUAGCACGACCUCCCAAGGCUUACGAAAAGGAUCCAAUUUACAGAUCCUUGUUUGGUACGACCGCAGUCGAGGUCAUGCCAUCCAAGGAAUCCGCCAUGCGCUUCUCUGCAAAGGCCAUCUACGAAGGAUUCGACGUGCAUCUUGGCAUGACAAGUGACGAGGACGGCCGGUCUGAGAACCUCAUCGUGCGCGCUACAAGUCAGCUUGGGAACUAUGAGGCAUUGCCACGCUCCCUACUCUCCGAUCGUCUCCCAGCAGAUUUUGUGCACAACUACGUCCACUGGUUGGACACCGACACUGGAAAUGUUCUUUUUGAGCCCGCCGAGAAACCAUGGCCGUGCUCUUCUGGUGCAGAAUGGAGUCUGAUUCCAAUGCCAGACCACAAAGGCUGGCGUGUGAAGAGCAAGGGACGCAGUCUGUUCGGUCUUUUCAGCGGCACCCAUCUGCUCGUCUCGCAGAUGCUUUCCUCGUUGGUUGAGUCUCAACACAUUCAGAUCAUUUUGCAGCCAGACCAUAAGGCGAUCGAUGUCGAAGUACCCUCCCUGCAAUUGAGCUUCUUGCUGAGGGCCAAUGAUUCCUCUCUCGAGUCUAAAGAAUAUCGAGGCUUGGUAAUUAGCCGAGAGCAAUCUCUUGGUACCCUCGUUGGGCUUGAGAAUAAGCUGUUGCUGAGUCCACACAAGGCCGCCGGAUCUCGGCUCCUUCUGCUCCCAGAGGGUGACGUCUCAUAUGAAAAGCUGGGAGAUCAUACAAAGGUCACUGUUGAUCUUGCAUCUGUCACCAGAGUUCAUGCGAUCCAAGUUGAUGAUCGUCUUGGGAGACUAGUGGACAACGGCAGCAUCCAGAGCAAGCUGUAUCUGGCAUAUCUGCACGCCCUCACCGCCUUCGCCUUGCCCGAUCCUCUGACGAACAAGACCGGCACCGAGCAAGCUUUGGCUAUCCUUGGAUCCGCGGCUGUGCGCUCCUUUGAGCAGCUUACACAAGAGAACAUCGAUUUGCUUGGGAGGAUCACUCUGUUGACACCGGCUCGCGUCUUCUAUCCUCGCGAUGCGAGAGUCAUGCAAAACGUGACUUGGGAUGAGCAGCUGGGAUUCAUGGCUCAACAUGGAAGCUUCCACACUUCCGUACAAAGCAUUCUCCAACAAGCUGAGCGCUCUCGAAUGUUUUAUCCUGGGCAAAAUCUUGAAUUUCCGGACACCACAGAUAUCGACGAGGAACUACUCCUCCGAGAUCUUGUGCGUACCGCAGCGUUCAGAGUGUCCUGCUUCGGUGCAGAGCAUCAAGCAAAGUCUGUGGACAUUCGUUACGAUUCUCGAGACCAUUUUCAGACAUCAUCUCGCGCCAAGAACGCAUAUACUGUGGCUCGUAUGCUCCAAGAUCGAUCGGAUGCGCUGCCAUGGCAACCGGUCGAAGAGGACGGAUUGUGGAAAAGAAUCAAGACCAUGGACAUCCUGCACGAGGCUCAGCGACCUCUGGAAGACGCAAUAUUUCGAUACGAUGCCGCAUUGUUGCAGUCCGACUCCUCCUCUGUCUUGGUAAAUCUGCUUUCCCUGCACAAGACGCUGAGCCACAGAAAUGGGCAGCUUGCAGAUGACUAUGCCCUCAUGCUUUGGCUAGCUACCCAUGCGUUUUCCAACACCACGGAUCUAACUCUGCUCCAAACGGUGGUUGCAUUCAGCACCGCAGGGCCCUUGAAGAAGCUUCAGCCGCCAGAUACGGCUUCGUUGAGGCCUGUGGCUGGCUUCAGGCCCGAUCAGAUUAGCGUGAAGAACAUCGUACGCGAAGCCAAGCGCAGCUUCGAGAACACGCCAGACGCCACUUCCAAGCCUCGGAAGAAGAAGAAUGGCCGCCGAACAGAUGAGUAUGAGACCGAGGCGGAUGUCGAACUCCGCCGCGCACUGGACUAUGAGCGACACGUCGAGGGUGCUGCAAAGGAGCUUUCGCGCGAGCUUUACAAGCAGUGGCCUUGUGAGACUCUAGAGACUCCAAAUUGCGCAUUGAGAGAUGGGUGCACUGAUUUCAUCGAUGUGUCCAAGGCUUUGGGCGACGUCAGUGCUCGUUUCAAGAUGUUACGAGAUAACGAUCGCCUUCAUAGCUAUCUGCAAAAGCUGGAGAAAGCAAUGUCGGGCCUCUGGAGUGCCGAGUCAAGCGCACCGGAGUUUUGUGCCUGGCCUCUGAAGGACGCACCGUGUAAGCAAAGCAGGCCCGCAUUUGUCUCCGUGGACGAUAUCUUUGCUGGCUUCCGACCGCAAGUUGAGACGCUUCCCAACCAUCCAGAGUUCAGUCUCGCGCCCUCUGAGCAGCGCCGAGACUCUACUAUCAAUGCAGAGACACAACUCCAGGCCCUCAUCGACAGAUUGUCCAACAUACAAGAUGGAGCCUAUGAGGGAAAGUAUAUCCAAGACCUUCAGACGAGCUUAGCAUCUCUACAGAGUCAGGGAUAUGGUCAGGCUGAGCGUGGUCUACCUUCCUCGGCGGACGAGCUUCUUCCGUCAAUCAAAAAGCAUCUUGACGCGUGCGAGUUCCACCUCGGCAGAGUGUACCAUGUCCUGAAUAACGCAGUGCGCUCGGAACUUCGCAAGCGCAGCGGCGAGCAUGAAGGCUUGCAAUGGCCGCGCGUGUCCCAAACUCUGUUCCUCGAGCAGCUUGGUCGGCGUCGCUGGGCAAUGCUGAACCAGAAGUGGCAAGAGGCUAUCGUUAGAUAUGGGCUGGCGAUCACUGCGGUCCAACGCGCCGAACGCUUGUGCAACGCAGCCGCUUCAGGCGCGAACAAAGAUGAUCUGAUUCGCGAGAUCGGCAACCCGGGCCAUACAAAUUGGGAUCCACGUCAGUGCCCUGAAUCGUUGCUUCUUGAAGUUGAAGGAGGCAUCAUGAUACGCGAGGUGCAAGAACAGAUUGCUUCCGAGAUGAGAAUGCCUUCGUCGGGUAUCAACCAGGUUGUACAGCUGAACAUGGGCGAAGGCAAAUCGUCAGUGAUCGUUCCUAUGAUUGCUACAGCUCUCGCAGACGGAUCACAGUUGGUUCGAGUGGUUGUCGCUAAACCUCAAUCAAAGCAAAUGGCAGAGAUGUUGAUCUCCAAGCUGGGAGGGCUGCUCAAUCGUCGCAUUUGCUAUAUGCCGUUCUCGCGGGCCUUGAAAAUCAACAAAGCAUCCGCAGAAGCUCUCGAAGCGCUGUGUCAAGAAUGUAUGAGCGACGGCAGCAUUCUUCUACUCCAGCCCGAGCACAUCCUUUCUUUUGGGCUCUCGGGUCUCGAAAGCUACCUUUCGGGCAACGGCGCUGCUGGUGAAGUCUUUUUGCGACUUCAAGAUUUCUUCGACAAUUGCUCUCGAGAUAUCAUCGACGAGAGUGACGAAAAUUUCAGUGUCAAAUUUGAGUUGAUUUACACUAUGGGCUUGCGCGAGCCUCCGGAGUUAGGCAUCCAUCGCUGGACUCUGAUACAGCAGGUAAUGGACCUUGUCAAGUCCCAUGCGUUAACGCUGGCCGAGCAGCGGCCGACCGAGGUCGAGAUUACCUCCCGCGAGGAAGGUGGCUUUCCAAGAGUUAGAAUGCUUCGGGCGGAAACUGCUGAACUUCUAGUGCAUCGCAUUGCGGGAGACAUAUGCAGCAAUGGCAUGCGCGGCCUCCCCAUCGUUCAUCAACCACAAGACCUGCGGGACGCCAUUUUCGAGUACAUCUCCGACGUCGAUGUAUCUGCAGCUCAAAUCAACAUCGUGCAGCAAGCUGAGUUGUGGUCAGAUGAGGUUUGCCGCCCCUCAAUCCUGCUCCUGCGCGGUCUUUUAGCAAUGGGUAUCUUGGAAUUCGCGCUGCAUUCAAAGCGAUGGCGCGUCAACUAUGGCCUGACCGAUCGCGUUCCCCCUACGAGAAUGGCGGCUCCCUACGUGGCCAAGGACUCUCCCACGCCUAGAUCAGAGUUCUCACACCCGGACGCGACAAUUGUGCUCACCUCUUUGUCGUACUAUUACGGAGGGCUGAAAGACGAAGAUUUGUUCACCGCCUUCAGUCGACUGAUGACCACAGAUCAAAGCGAAAGCGAGUAUAGGCUUUGGAUCAGAGACGUUCACAUUCCCGCUGAGUUCCAAGAUCUCAGUAGGGUCAAUCUCAAAGACCGUGAGCAGUGCAUCACAAGCAUAUUUCCGACGCUUCGCUAUUCCAAGGCUGCAAUCGAUUACUUCCUUUCGCACAUUGUCUUCAAAAAGGAGAUGAAGCAAUAUCCUCAUAAGCUCUCUUCAUCCGGCUGCGACUUAGGCAAGACGAAGAUGAAGCCAACGACUGGUUUCUCUGGUACUAACGACACACGAGAGCUCUUGCCUAUGGAUGUAGUCCAGCAGGACCUUCCAGCACAACACCACACAAAUGCACUUGUACUGGAAUAUCUCCUUCAGGCAAGCAAUUUUGUCGCUCUAAUGCCGCCGCCAGAGACCAACAUCUCCAACGAUGGCGAACGCUUUUUAGAGUUUGUCAUGCAACUGGAGAAGCCUGUGGAAGUCAUCCUGGAUGUUGGCGCUUACAUUCUCGAGCUGGAUAAUCUCGGUGUUGCCAAGGCCUGGCUUCGCAAGAGCUCUCUCCGCAAAGAAGCGGCAAUCUAUUGUAACGACAAUGACCAGCUGUGCGUGGUCGACCGUUUCGGACGCAGCGAGUUGCUGCUGACCUCAUCCUUUGCGUCGCGGCUGGACGUUUGCGUGGUGUAUCUGGACGAGGCCCAUACUCGCGGAAUUGACCUGAAAUUGCCACCGCUCUGUAGAGCAGCUGUUACUCUUGGACCAAAGGUCACUAAUGAUCGUUUAAAGCAAGCUUGCAUGCGGCUCCGGAAGCUUGGAAAGGGCCAGAACGUGACGUUCUGCGUGCCCGGCGACAUUCAGUCACAAAUCCGCGAGCGAGGCCAGUUGGACAAAGAGCAGCAAAUCAACGUACAAGACGUCUUGUUUUGGGUCAUUACGGAGACCUUUGCCGAAGUUCGUCGGAACAUUUCACUCUGGGCUGUGCAGAAUACCAAUUACAGCAUUCAGGCCAUGAAAUGGGAGAAAACCGCUCGCGAUGGUCGUCACAUUCUGACCAAGGACGCUGCUGAGGACUUCCUGGAACCAGAGGCUCGUGAUUUGAACUAUCGAUAUGGUCCAAAGCCUGACAAGAAAUCCCCGUUGGCAAUUCUUGAAGCACGCAAAGAACCUCGCUUUCGUGAAAUUGCGCAGAAGUGCAAGGCGUUCGGCUUGAUAGAGUUCCAGUCCCGAAAGCUCAACGAGGAGCAAGAGCGAGAGCUUUCGCCUGAGGUCGAUGUUGACGCCGAGCGAGUGGUUCAGAGAGCAUUGCCUGCCACACCAGCUCCUCACAAACUCCAUGAUGAUGUUGUGCAGUUCGUCAUCACGGGAUUCGCAAGCUCAAAGUCAAAGGCAUACGGCCCAGCAUUCGAGACUCUACGCAACACGAGCGCUGGAGAGGUGUUCGACAUGUCUCAAUUGAGAGAUCAAUACCUUCUGGCUACCACAGACUUUGCGCAAACCGUAAAGCACCCCGGCAAAGGCUCCUUGGCAGACUCGUUUCAGCGAUCCGUCCAAUGGAUUCUGACCAGUCGAGACCGACUUACCAAUCAUGUCAACUACAUGCUCAUCGUCAGUCCAUUCGAGGCACAAGAGCUGCUUUCACUUGUGAGUGUCUCACAGAUCGCCACUUUACACCUCUACCGUCCUCGCUACAACGUGACAUACCGCGACAUGAGCAAGUUAGAUUUCUGCACGAUUCCCAGCCGGUUUCCAGCACCUGUGGUCCCAAAGGAGCUGAUCACGCAGCUCAACAUCUUUUCUGGCCAACUCUACUUCUCAUCAUAUGACGACUUCGUCGGCGCUUGCAAGUUUCUUGGUCUCUCACAUCUUCCAUUCUCGAACGAUAUGAAGAGCCGCGGAUGGAAGGUUGCUUCUGAUGGAUUCAUCGAACGCGAUGAUCAAGGAAAAGUGGGUGGGCAAGAAUCACGUGUGCGAAGCAGUCCUGUCAAUUUCCUGAAGGUGCUCUUAUCUGUGGUCCGGAGAAAUGGUGAGGAUAUCUCAAAGACGCAUUUGGGCGGACUUUUGGAUCACAAUCUGCUUGGUCCAGUGGACUUUGAGUAGGAGGGUCAUUUUGUCAGAUGUUGUCCAGGAUUAGACACGAAUGUGUAGGAUAGAGCCCUAGCUGAGGCGCUGUCAAGAAAGAUCUGAAUAGCAUGGAGAGGAGAUAAGCUGUUGAAACAUUGAAAUGAUGCUGAACUAGG